AUGUACGGAAAAAUAAUUCAUGAGAAUAUAUUUAUAGUUUUAAUUGGAGUUGUAGCUUUGUCUGGUGGUAUUUUUAUAACAAAAGAUGAGUGUCCAUCAAAUGAGGAGUACCUCCUGUGCGGAUCGGCGUGUCCAUUCAACUGUACCGACCCUGUAGGUCCCGUCACCUGUUCCGAGGAUUGUGUGGAAGGAUGCUUCUGCAAGACUGGCUACUUGAGGGACGAGAAUGGCACAUGUGUUAACGCUGAGCAAUGCACUGGUGGUAAGGCUUCAGUUUGUGGAGUGAAUGAGGAGUUUCUGUCCUGCGGCACCGCCUGCCCUGGUACCUGUUCGCAGCCGGAGCCAUUAGUCUGUGGUGUCGCCUGCAGUAUGGGCUGCUUCUGCAAAUCUGGAUACGUGCGUAACGAGGAUACCAACGAGUGUAUAGCUCUCAACAAGUGUCCUUCACAACAAUGUUUCAACCAGAACGAGGUGUACGACAUUUGUAACGGAAACUGCGAGCCGGCGUGCGACGAUCCUGAGCCGAUUUGCAUGAAAAUCUGCCAAUCGGGAUGCGUAUGCGCAACUGGACUUCUCCGCAAUACAGACGGAGAGUGCGUCAGCGUCGACAAGUGUCCUCCGAGUAACUCUACUGAUCAAGGUCUAUUAGGUAAAUAUUUGAACGUCAUUAAUAGAAUUAUACAUCUGUCCAGCGUAUAA